AUGGAUAAGCUGUGGGCAGGACCGAGUCAGUUCGGUGGGGCACCUUGGGACGGAAUAAUGGAAGACUUUCGCGAAAAUUGGGAUGUACAAUCAGAAAAAAAUACAAUGAAUAAGAGGGAAUUUUCUGGCCGAGAAGGGAUAUUGCCCCAAUCGCCUACAGAAUUUGAUCAUGAUACUCUUAUUAACCAAAAUAAGCUAUUACCAGAAGCUCGAACAGGGCUAGAUGUUACUUGGGAAGGUAAUAGCAACGCCUGGAGUGCAGCUCUCGGUGCUAUGGGAGGUGCUGGAACAGUCCUAGUCAUCGCGGCCUUGCUGUUUUUGUUCAAAAGACCAAAGAAACAAGAAAUGCCGGUGCUAGCACCUAUGGAUAUUGGACAAAAUUCCACCUCUGUUGUCAAAUGCGAGUUGGUGGACUUCACAUGUCCAUCGAGAACUAGU